AUGAACGGUGGAGAUUUGAAUCAGCAGCAACAGAUGCAGCAGCAGCAGCAGCAGUGGGCGGCGAUGCAGCAGUACCAGCAGCAGUGGAUGGCGGUGCAGUACCCGGCCAUGGCGAUGCAGCACCACAUGAUGUACAAUCAGCAUUACGUGCCGUACUACCACCCGCAGCAGCAGCUGCAGCCGCAGUAUCAGCCGGCGCCGAAGCAGAGCAGCAGCGGCGGCGGCGGCGGCCAUCAGAUUCAGAGCUCCGGUGAAGAUAACAGGACGAUCUGGAUCGGGGAUCUCCAGCAGUGGAUGGAUGAGGUUUAUCUCCAUUCGUGCUUUUCUCAAUCUGGAGAGGUUAUCUCGGUCAAGAUAAUCCGCAACAAACAAACGGGUCAAUCCGAGAGGUACGGCUUUGUGGAGCUCGGCUCUCAUGCAGCUGCUGAGAAGGUCCUCCAGAGCUACAACGGCACCCCAAUGCCCAAUGCCGAUCAGCCCUUCCGCCUCAACUGGGCCACCUUCAGUUCCGGCGAGAGGCGGCCCGAUGUGGGCUCGGACCUCUCGAUAUUUGUUGGUGAUCUGGCUAUUGAAGUGACCGAUGCCCUGCUGCUCGAGACGUUCUCCAGCAAGUACCCUUCCGUGAAAGGAGCCAAGGUCGUGAUUGAUGCCACAAGCGGCCGCUCGAAAGGAUAUGGCUUUGUGAGGUUCGGAGAUGAAAACGAGAGGUCCCGAGCCAUUAGUGAGAUGAACGGGGCUUACUGCUCGUCCCGGCCGAUGAGAGUCGGGGUUGCCACUCCCAAGAAACCCAUGCCUCCAGCCCAACAGCAAUAUCCUUCGCAAGCUGUCUUACUAUCUGGUGGAUAUGCGAAUGGCGGUGUGCCGCAUGGGCAGUCUGAUAAUGAUUCAUCUAAUACGACGAUAUUUGUUGGGGGACUUGAUGCUGAUAUCACGGAUGAGGAUCUAAGGCAGUCUUUUGCUCCAUUUGGUGAGGUUUUGUCUGUGAAGAUACCAACUGGAAGGGGGUGCGGUUUUGUGCAGUUUGCAAACCGGAGCAGUGCGGAGGAUGCUAUUCAAAGAUUAAAUGGGACAACCAUUGGGAAGCAGACUGUGCGUCUUUCAUGGGGCCGAAAUAUGGGACCCAAACAGUCGAGGGGGGAUCGUAAUAAUAAUAGUAACUGGAAUGGUGGUUACUAUGGAAGGCAGGGGUACAAUGGGUAUUAUGGAUACGCUCACGGGCCGUCCUCAAAUGGCCAUGGGACCCAACAUCAGCCCGUCAGCUAA